AUGGCCGGCAUCAUGUCCCAGAGUUUGAACUCGUUCCAGCAACUGGAAAAGGUCCAUAAAGGUCGAAACAACCAGAUUAAUGAGUUGGUUGCCUUGAAGGAGAUUCACCUCCACACCGAAGAAGGGACGCCAUCCACUGCGAUCCGGGAAAUCUCCUUGAUCAAGGAGCUCAAUCACGAGAACAUUCUGGCCUUGUGCGAUGUGAUCUCCACCGUGGAAAAGCUCAUCAUGGUGUCGGAGUACAGGGACAAAAAUCUCAAGCGCUUAAUGGACGACCGGGGUGAUGCCCUUGAUCUCCCUACCAACAAGCACUUUGAAUACCACAUAACCUACUGUCAUGAGAAUAAGAUCUUGCAUCGGGAUCCAAAACCUCAAAAUCUGCUGAAUAGCCGGGGCGGAGGUCUGAAGCUGGCAGAUUUUAGCCUUGCCCGCGCCUUUAGCAUUCCCGUCGACAUUUUCUCGAACGAGGUGCUUACUCUCUGGUCUUGA